UGACAGAACAAARGAGAACCGAGCAAACAGAACUGCUUCGACCUAUUACUGUAAAAUCAACCACCAAAAAACAACCGAGAAAGGAAGCAAUCUUCGAGAGAAUAAUUGCAUAUCCUGAUGGAAGAAGUGCAACAGCUGGCAGAGCUAGAAGAAACRAAAGAAUCACGGAAAAUUGUGUCACGCUUUUGGAACAAUGGGAACAGUGACGACGACGGCGGCGGCGGCGGCGGUGAAAGCGAUGGCAAUGAAAGUACCACUGCCUGUGAUGGGAGCAGUGAAGAUUUUUCUUUUGGAGAAGAAGACAUAAAUAAGAGCUUUCAUCGUGUUGAACAAAAUCAGGAUGGAAGUGAAGACUCUGGCGGAGACGAAGAAAUGAGGCGUAGUCAAGAUCCCGAUUACGCCUGGGAACAAAUCAGGRACGAGCAGAUCUUUCUCGAGCCACCCACCAAAUGGAUACCAUCGCAGAAUGCAUCUACUAGCACCAGUGAUAUCAGAGUCAGACAAGCUAUCGUGGAAGACUUGAARCAGAAGGARCAAGAUUCGUUUGUUCGCUUUGUCUUUGUCAGCGACACGCACGCAAACCACCGGGAUCUAGCCCAUCUUCCGAGGGGAGAUGUACUGGUGCACGCAGGGGACUUUUCCAAGACGGGAGAGACGGGAUCGAUUGAAGACCUCGCACUCURCUUUCAYGAAAACAAACAACAAAACGAGAACCACCAAACGUCUAUGAUUCAGGAAAUUAUUUGCGUUGCCGGAAACCAUGAUCUGACCCUGGACCAGGACUAUUACCACCGGAACUGGUCAAAAUUCCAUCGGAAAGCCUUUGACACGACCGUCGCCGAGAAAGCCAUUCGGAGGCAUUCGAUCUAUCUUCGGGAUGAGGGCUGYGACGUGGUCGUGAAGCAGAAGGAGGAAGAGGAUGGAACGGCCCCCAUCCAUAUAUGGGGCUCUCCGUACUCUCCAGAAUUCUUCGAUUGGGCCUUCAACAAAGAUCGCGGACCGUCCAUCCGGAAAAUAUGGGACCAGAUUCCAUCCCCGCAUCAUCCAUCCACUUCGACUGUUACCCCCUGCACGGUUAGUUUUGACGACAACGGCGGCAUCGGUGGCGAACACGAUAGCGCAGUGGGCCAUGAGAGCGAACCCGCAAGCAGUUCAGAUUCUAUGCAACAGCAAAGACAGCACCAAGCACAACCAAUAUCAAAACAGGUCGAUGUGCUGAUUACGCAUGGUCCACCGCUCGGAAGGGGCGACCUCGUGUUUUUGGACGAAACAGAAUCCAAGACAAMGAGAGCCGGCUGUUACGAUCUGCUCAGGGUCGUCCAGGGCCGAGUCAAGCCCAGGGUCCACGUCUUUGGGCACAUCCACGAGGGGUACGGAGUAACGUUUGAUGGAACGACAAUGUACAUCAACGCAAGCAGCACUUCUCAAGACUAUGAGGUCAUCAACCCACCGAUUGUGGUCGAUGUGCGAGUACCUGACGCCAUUACAAAAGGCAAGAGUAUGAAUUAUGAACGCAAUAGUAAAUGUGCUUCUAUUUCUCAAAGCAACAACAAGCCACCGAGCGCUUGGGUGGUUCGGCCCAAAUCGCUUUUUCGCAACGGAAAGACGAAUAUUUGCUCUGUUGAGCAACUUAUCGACUGGUGCCUUUGCAACCAGCACGAAUUCAUUGCCAAUGAACUCCGAAGUAAGUUUGUCACCGUGAAGAUCGAUAAUAGUACGAACGAAGAAAUGAGCAGCAGCAGCAGCAGCAGCAUUUGCAGGAGCAAUACAUGCAACUACGAUGAUACCCUCCAGUCAAGACGAAAGCGAUUGGACUGCUUGAUUGCUAGUAAUGGACGAGGCAGCAAUGCAGGACAUGAAGAUGCUAUCAGCAUAACAGCCGAACAAGUGUUCGAGUUAUUGGCYGGUGUCUUGGGAUAUCACUUUGGUUUCCGGGGCAUACGAGAUGCACGCCGAAAGCUGGCAARAAUGGUACUUCACUUGUAUGCAGAAUCCUUUGAGAGCGAAAGGUGAACGCAAACGUACAUGAUAUAUUUUAGACAGGAGUCAAUCCCCAUUCAAAAGUAACUUGAUUCUUGCKAGGGUUAAUCACGAGURGCUAACGAGUUGAAGCACGAGUGAACCUCUAUCUCUCUUUACAACGCAUAACAUAACACUUGAGUGUUCUGUCCUGAUACAAGUUGUAACAGAAGUCGUUUACGAAUCAAAGUACAUUGUAAUAAGUCCAGUACUAGGUAACUCAGAGUAAAAUAACAGCUAAAAU